CAUAACUCUUAUUUGAAACUAACAAAGAAAAAAAAAGGCAACAUCAUGGAACCAUUUAGUUAAACUCCAUCUAUAACUAUCUUUCUGUCUACCCUUCUUUUCUCAUCUAUCAAGUCAUGGCCUUUUCUUUGGACCAACGAUUCUGGCUUUCUUCACUUCUUCUUCUUCUCCUCGUGGCUAUCUUUGUGUCUUCUCUUUCUGACACUGUUUUCAAUUCUCAACCACAUGCCGCUCGGAGCAUUCUUGAGGCUAAAAAAAGUUGUCCAGUGAAUUUGGAGUUCUUGAACUACACAGUAAUCACAAGCAAGUGCAAGGGACCCCAGUACCCUCCCAAAGAAUGUUGUGCUGCAUUUAAAGAAAUUGCAUGCCCUUAUGUGAAUCUCUUAAAUGAUGCAACCAAUGAUUGUGCCUUAAUCAUGUUUAGUUACAUUAAUCUGUAUGGAAAUUACCCUCCUGGCCUCUUUUCCAGUGAGUGUCGUGAAGGGAAGCAAGGUCUUGUUUGUUCUGCAUUGCCACCAUCAGCAUCACCACAUGAUGGCACUGGAAAGAUAAAUCACCAGAAGGGUGUGUGACAGUAGUAAUUGUAAGGUUUGUUCAGUGAACUGCUAAGUGUUGUAUCACUUUAGUUCAAAGACUUGUUAAACUGAAAAUAAUCUUUGGAAAAAAAUUUAUGAGUACUAUGUUGGUUUUACAA